AGCUGGAGCGGACCCGGCUGGAGGGAGAGGUCAGCACGCUGAGGGAGCAGAACCAGAACCUGGACAUCACCGCGGCCCGGCUCACCAGCCAGUACCAGCUGCUGACCCAGCUUAAAGCCAACCUGGAGGAGGAGAACCGGCACCUGGUGGACCAGAACCAGAGCCUGAGCCAGGAGAACCGGGCCCUGCUGGAGAAGAGCUUGCAGAGCCGAGACCAGCACCAUCAGCAGCAGAGGGAGUACAUGGACAAGCUGAAUGAGCUGCGCAGGGAGAAGCAGAAGCUGGUGGAGAAGAUCAUGGAUCAGUACCGGGUCCUGGAGCCCACCAUGCCCCUCCCCAGCAAGGCCAAGAAGACCAGCUGGAUCGCGGACAGGAUGAAGAAGCUGAUCAAGCCGCGCGGGCGAGAGGGCCGGGAGCCGUUCCGCGCCCAGUUCAUCGCCGCGGGCAGCGUGGAGAACCUGGCCGACGCCACGGAGACGCCCGAGAGCAACCCCCGCAGUGCCCCCGUCUCGCCCUCGCCCUUGCGCAAGGCUCCCAGCUCCCAGAGCAUGCUGGAGGAGCGCCGCGUGAUCCUGGGCUCCAGCCGCCGGAAGCUCAGCUCCCGCUACGGCAUCUCGGAGUCCUUCAGCCCCGGGGACAACCGGGCCACGCCCCGGGAUCGCUUCCGGCAGAGAGUCGGCACCAUCGUCUGGGAGCCCGCCGCCCCCCCCAGCCGGGACAGCCUGAGCUCCUGCAGCGAGGCGGGCGAGGAGAGCACCGCUCUGACUGAGGACAGGGAGGCGACCGAGCUCAGCGUCUCGUCCGCGACUGAAGACUGCCAAUCCAUCAGCACUGACCAGGCUCCACUGACCAAGAAAAACAGCCUGUAGCCUCUCUGAAGGAGCGCCUGGGUGCACCUCACUGUGCCGAGAGACUGUGCCUCACUGUGCCGAGAGACUGUGCCUCACUGGACUGAGAGACUGCCUCACUGUGCCGAGAGACUGUGCCUCACUGGACUGAGAGACUGCCUCACUGUGCUAAGAGACUGUCUCAUUGUGCCGAGAGACUGUGCCUCACUGGACUGAGAGACUGUGCCUCACUGGACUGAGAGACUGCCUCACUGUGCUAAGAGACUGUGCCUCACUGUGCUAAGAGACUGUGCCUCACUGUGCUAAGAGACUGUGCCUCACUGUGCCGAGAGACUGCGCCUCACUGUGAUAUGAGACUGUGCCUCACUGUGCCGAGAGACUGCGCCUCACUGGACUGAGAGACUGCCUCACUGUGCUGAGAGACUGUGCCUCACUAUGCCUCACUGUGCUGAGAGACUGUGCCUCACUGUGCUGAGAGACUGUGCCUCACUGUGCCGAGAGACUGUGCCUCACUGGACUGAGAGACUGCGCCUCACUGUGCCGAGAGACUGCCUCACUGUGCUGAGAGACUGCCUCACUGUGCCAAGAGACUGCGCCUCACUGUGCCAAGAGACUGCGCCUCACUGUGCUGAGAGACUGUGCCUCACUGUGCCUCACUGUGCUGAGAGACUGUGCCUCACUGUGCCGAGAGACUGUGCCUCACUGUGCCGAGAGGAAGAGGAGGGCUCCCUGUGCUGGCCUGUGCUGCUCCUGACAAGAAGCUCUACUGUAUCCCAUCGGGAAUAUGGGCUUACAGGACAGGCCCUCCUGCAGAAGAGCUGCUGCCUGUAUGUGGGAGAUCCAGGUGGAUUACAAUGAGACCUGUCCUGUUCCUGCGUGGGUGGAGCCUUGUACAUACACACAGUGACUAUGGAGAAUGUCACCCUCCUCUCAGCUCCAGCCCUGGUGGUGUUUACUCACAGGAGGGUGCACAGGGUGCUAAUGAACUGCACUGGCCUGUUCUUACAUCUGCAGUGCAGACACAUUAGCCCUGCUGUUGACCAUUAUAAGCGCAUUUCCUGUUUGAGUGUGGACUCAGUCUCACCUGCCUCUGAACAUCGUUCUGUGUAAUGUGCACACACACUCCUACACACACAUACUGUAGCUGGUGAAGUCAAAGCCUGGAUUCUAAUGAAUUAAAAUCAGUGUUACUGUAAAA